AUGGACGGCGAUGUGGUGUCCCAGUUCACCGAAAUUACCGGCUCCAAGCCGGAGCUGGCAAUCCAGUACUUGCAGCUUGCCGAUUUCAACAUCGAGCAGGCUAUGCAACUUUACUUUGAGAAUGGUGGAGCACCGCUAACCGAAGAGCCUGCGCCAUCGACUUCCGCGCCCCAGCAAGCCUCUCGCGCCAGGGGAUAUGAAGAUGAUUCCGGCGUUGUACACAUCGACUCAGACGACAACGACGACGACACCACGGUGGACGAAUCGCGGCCUUCCGCCCGCGGCGCUCACUUCGAAGAUGAUGCGGCCAUGGCUCGUCGGCUCCAAGAGGAGAUGUACAGAGGGGCGGGUGCUGAAGAAGAGGUGCGCGCACCGAUGGCUCGCACCACAGAAACUUUGGUGGGCCCAGAAGCGGACUUUGACGAUGGCGACAUGCAUGCCAGCAUUCUGGGCCAACUGCGCGCUCGCCAGCAGCGACACAACCGUCCCGGUAUCUUCAAUCAAAGAGAUACGGCGUCGAUAUGGCACGGCGAAGAUGAGGCGUCACAACGUGAGCAACUGGCAGUAGCGACUGGAGGAGCCUCUGAAGCCUCAAGUAAACAGAACAUGCUAGCUGAGAUGUAUCGUCCGCCGUUCGAGAUUAUGUCUCGGCUCCCUUGGGAUUCCGCUCGGCAGGAAGGCCGCGAUACUGAGAAGUGGUUGCUGGUCAACAUCCAGGAUUCUUCAAUUUUCGACUGCCAGGUGCUGAACCGGGACCUAUGGAAAGACCCUGGAGUGCGGGAUACGGUCAAGGAACACUUUGUCUUCCUUCAAUAUUCCAAGGACGACCCACGGGCUACACCCUAUCUCCAGUAUUAUUUUCAAGCAAGCGAAGUAUCGGACAACUACCCUCACAUCGCGAUUGUCGAUCCUCGGACGGGAGAACAGAUGAAGGUCUGGUCUGGUCCUCCAGUUGUGCGGGCCGCCGAAUUCUUGAUGCAACUUCACGAAUUCUUGGACCGGUACAGUCUGAAACACAACGUGCGGAAUCCCGUUGCUAAGCGCAAGCCGGAACAGAAGGAGAAGAGCAUAGAUGCCAUGACUGAGGAAGAAAUGUUGGAGAUGGCGAUGAGGAACAGCCUGGGUGAACAGGCGGCCCAAGCCCCGAAAUUAGAGGAUCCUGAUGAGCUUACCCGCAGUACUGGAGACGUCAAAGGUAAGGGGAAGGCGGUCGAUGUGGAAGACGCCGACAUGGAUGAAGAGGAGCCAGGUGAGCAUAGUGCAUUCGCUGCCAUCUCAAAUGACAACCCCCACACCGAACCACCGGCCGAUCCCGCAACAACGACGCGCAUUCAAUUCCGCCAUCCCUCCGGAAGAGUCAUUCGCCGCUUCGCUCUGGCGGACCCGGUUCGGAGGAUCUACGAGUGGCUCAAAGCCGAACCUCCGUUGGCAGAUAAGCAAGGGGUGGAGUUCGACCUCAAUGCCAUGGGUCGUAAUCUGAUCGACUCGUUGGAUGCAAGCAUCGAAGAAGCCGGUUUGAAGAACGGAACGGUAAUGAUUGGUUAUGUUGAGAAUGAAUGA